AUGGGGGAGGACCUCUUCUGGGCCAUCCGGGGCGGCGGCGGCGGGAACUUCGGCAUCGUGCUCUCGUGGAAGGUCCAGCUCGUGCAGGUCCCGCCGACUGUGGCGGUGUUCAACAUCGCCAAGACGGUCGACCAAGGCGCCGUGGACAUCCUCACCAGGUGGCAGCACGUCGCGCCGUCGCUCCCCGGCGACCUCACCAUAAGGGUGAUCGUGCAGGGGCAGCAGGCCAUGUUCCAGGCGCUGUACCUCGGCGCGUGCGGGUCGCUGGUGGCGACGAUGGGCGCCCAGUUCCCGGAGCUGGGCAUGACGAGCGCCGAAUGCCAGCCGAUGACCUGGCUGCAGUCGGCGGCCACGCCCUUCAUCAGCUUCGGUAGGAACGGCACGCUGGAGGAGGCGCUGCUGAGCCGGACCGCCGGCCAGAGCGGCCCCGGUAAGAUCAAGUCCGACUACGUCCGGCGCGCCAUCCCCAAGGCCGCGUGGGAGGAGAUCUUCUCCUGGUUCACCAAGGACGGCGCCGGGUUCAUCCUGCUGGAGCCCCACGGCGGGUUCAUGGGCAGCGUCCCCGCGGCCGCGACGCCGUACCCGCACCGGCACGGCGUGCUGUACGUCAUCCAGUACAUCGCGUUCUGGCAGCAGGGAGGCGACGGCGCGGCGGCGACGGCCUGGAUCGGCGGCCUGUACGACUUGAUGGGGCAGCACGUGAGCAAGAACCCUCGGCGGGCGUACGUCAACUUCCGGGACCUGGACAUCGGGCAGAACGACGGCACGCCGAAGAGCGGCGAGGUGUGGGGCGAGCGCUACUUCGUGGGCAACUACUGGCGGCUGGCGGCGGUGAAGGCGGCCGUGGAUCCCACCGACUACUUCAGCAGCGAGCAGAGCAUCCCGCCGUUGCGCUGA